CCUUAUCGUCCGUUAUACCCAACGCCCAAUUGGAACGACUUGAAAGCGUGUUCAGCCCCAGCUGGAAAAACCGGGGAAACCAUUGCGCAAACCUCCAUCAAAAUCAAGGGUCCAAAAGAGGGCUAGAUGAGAAUGCAUAUAUUUGGGAACUGGUCCCCCGUGAAUCUAACUGCCACAUGUCGUCGAUGGCCUGGAACCUGCCACGCUCUCUGGCUCUUGUCUUCCUUGGUGUUUCAUUCCUGGUGCUCUGAGACGGUGAUUUGCGCUACCCUUGUCGCGUCGAUCAGGUCUUGGCCAACCGCGCCAACCACUCGGAUGCCGGUGCUCUCGAUCCCUCAUUGUGGCUGAGCCCCUUUCCACUCGAGAAACACAGCGGCAAACCGUCAACACAGCCGCUUGGCCUCGCACUCCCUUUUGCAAAUCUGCGCUGCUUCUGUGUGAAGGAGGCCGGACCAACUCAUCAUCAAGGUUCAGACUCCAGAUCGGUUAAUAAUAAUUCCUAUUGCAACAGAAGGAGAUUCCCGUUUAACAUCUUCAAGAGUCUUGCUUGGGAAGCGCAUCGUUGGAUGCUGCGGCUCGUUUGGUAUCUCAUCCAACAUCUUAUUGUUUUUUUCGCUGGACACUGGUGGUCAAUCAAUCUUUUCCCUUGUCGUCGCAUCUGCAGUCCGACAAUCUCGUCACUGGUUUUACCUCCGUUUCCGUACCUACCUACGAUCUACCUUGCCUGCGAAUACUACGGAGUAUCCCUCUCACACCAACGGGUCUAGUCUGCGGCACCGGGUAGUGUGGCUGCUGUCCGCCCCCCCGGGCUCCUCUCAUUGUUCCUGUCGCCGCAACUCACCACCACCAUCACACCGCACUUCGACUUCCCGCGCCCGCCCCGGCUUCUUCUUGUCCCUCUUUCAUUCCUCUUUUCUGGGGAUUAGCCAGGGGCUUCCCGAUGCCCGACGAUUCCAUACGCCCUCUGAUAACUGCCCGCUCCAUCUCACCUGCUCCGACAUUUCCAACUCGCGAUACAUUCGAUACUAUGGAUCUCGCCGGCGAUAACGUGGUGAGGAAGGGCAAGCUUUCUUGGGUUGUUGCGCUAUCCUACGCUAUCGACUGGAUCAUUCUCAUCGCCGUUGGCGUCGUUGGAUACAUUUUAGGUCAUAUUACACCAAACAAGCGGCCGUUCGCGCUCGACGACCGCAAUAUUUCAUUUCCGUAUGCCGAACAAGAAACAGUGCCAGUGUGGCUCGCGGUUGUCAUCAGCGUCAUGUGCCCGAUUGUCAUCAUCGCCGUCAUCUGCCUCGUUUUCGUGCCCGGUUCCACCGUCCCCCGAGGAACACCCAAGUCGUUAAUAUGGCAGCGCAAGCUCUGGGAGCUGCACCAAGGCUGGUUGGGUUUGGCUCUAUCUGUUAUGGCAGCUUGGAUCAUCACCAAUGGCAUGAAGAACUUGUUCGGAAAGCCGCGUCCGGAUCUUCUUGACCGGUGCCAGCCAGACAUGGAGAACCUCAAGGAUUAUAUCAUUGGCGGGCUGCUCAGAUUGAAUAGCUCAUUGACUCCAGGCCACAUCCUCGGUCCUGGCACCCUCGUGAGCCCCAAUAUUUGCACGAAUCCCGACAAGGCUGUGUUGGACGAUGGCUUUAGGAGCUACCCUAGCGGCCAUUCUAGUUCAGCCUCAGCUGGUCUCGUUUACCUCUCCCUUUUCAUUGCGAGCAAGUUCGCGAUAACAAUCCCGUUCUUCUCUACUUCAGGCUCGUCGGCCGAUCACGAAACCACCGCCGCCGCCUUCCCCUCCAGAACCCGCAUUCCCAGCGUCAAGGUCAGCGGUCCGGAUUCGUAUGAGCUUUCCAAUCGCAGCCCCUCAGCCCUCACCAACUCCAUCGAAGACCCGGCCCUCUUAUCCAAAGGCGUGACGGCAACGAACCGAAAGAUAGCAGCUGUCCGCCGUCAGGCCGCGGCGCCACCUCUGUAUCUCCUCCUGGUAGCCAUCAUCCCCUUCUUCGCAUCAGUCUAUAUUGCCGGCUCCCGCUGGUGGGAUUUCAGGCACCACGCCUUCGACAUCCUCUUUGGCUACCUCAUCGGCCUCGUCGGCGCCAUCUUCGCCUUUAGGUAUUACCACCUCCCCAUAUCGCGCGGUGCGGGCUGGGCAUGGGGACCCCGCAGCCACGACAAGGCCUUUUGGGCGGGUGUGGGAAGCUAUAGCUAUGCCACGAGCCGCACGCGCGGCACGUACCGCUCGGGCGACGAGGAGGAGGCCCUGGGCGCGCCUAUCGAGCCGUACGGACGGGGAAGCGGCAUGAGCAGUGUCGCUCCUGUGGCGCCGAGAAAGGGCGGGUCGCAAGGGAUGGACGCGAGGGACGAGGAUACGUCAUAUACCGGGGCUUUGGGGAACGAUCACAGCCCUGAGCCACAUGCGAGAUGAACAACAAUAAUAACAUGAUUUGAUCGUUGACUCGUUGACGCUUUGUUUCGUGUUGUCAUUUGGCGGAGGUAGGUGGGUUCUGGAUACACACAUGUUAUUGGAAUGACACAAACGACUGGGCUGAAUAUGGGACUGGACUUCAAGGACGGGCUGGUUUAGGGAGGUGCUGUUUUUUCUCUUUUUUCCUUUCCUAUUCCCCGAAAGGCAGGCCGCUUGAUUGAUUUGGAAAAGGGGCGAGGCGAGUGCAGGAGGGGGUAAGGUCGUUUUCUUUCCGACAGGGAUUUAUUGACUCGAUCAGCGUUUGGUCGCUUGGUACAACCUCUAUUCUUUUGUCGACUUUUUUUCAUUUGGUAGUUUUGAACAAUUCUUUGCAACGGGCGUUGGGGGCAAGCCAUUUCCUUUAGGUGUGUAUCAUAAAGACAGGUAUCACAGGCCUUUUUUCAUCUUUUUGGGUCCGUUGGCUGGGCAGAAUCACAUCUGUUUUUACAAUCAAUUAAUCUGUGUGGACCA